UGAAAGGGCAUGCUUUUAGAAGUACUGCAACUUGUGUUAGCAAUAGUUUGGAAGCAUCUGGGAAUAAUCAGUUGUUCCAAAAAUUCAUACCGGGGGAUAUUGCAUGGAUCAAAAUCCAUAACAAUUCAUGGUGGCCUGGUCAGGUAUUCAGCAUAGUAUUAGAAUCUACAAUAAUUUUUUUCUGUCCUGCGGUAGUUGGAAGAUUGAUAAAUGCCAAAAUUCACACCUAAAAGUUCUGGAAGAUUGGAAAACUUGUUUCCUUAGAUUUCUUGCACCAAAUUUUUUGGAUGUUGCUGCCACUGUUGACAAGUCCUUGUAUCUGCUAACUCUACUUGGACUUGCUUUGGGUGAUUAAAAUUUCUUUCUGCUGGUCUUUUUUGAAUCUAUUUCUGUAUGUCUUGUUUCUUUGAUGAAAAAGACCUUCUAAUUACAUAAAUACAAAUGAAUAUCCCCUUUUCUUGAAGAAUAAGUAUGAAGAAUAUUUUGUGCUCAUAUGAGUUUAAGAGGUGUUUGUAAAUUAUCCAAGAAGCUAGAUCUGUUGGAUUAACUAUGUAUUUACAAAGCAUCCAAGAAACUAGAUAUGUUAGGUUGAUAACUAAGUAAUUUCUAUAUACAUCAUGGUGGCUUAGUAUAUCUGGAAUAUCAAAAUAACCGUCUUUGUGUCUUUAUAUUGCUAAUUUUAAAGGUUGUUGAUGAGAAAAGCAUUGAUGUUAAACCCAAAAGGAAAUCAAAGGAUGAAAUUCUCAUUCGCUUGUAUGGAACCUAUGACUACUUGUACAUGGACCCUUUGAAGUGCAAUAUGGAGUUUGAGAAUAAUCACUUGGUUGUAUGUUCUGGAUGAGAUGCAGUUUCUCAAGCAAGAUAAUAUUACCAUGAAAGAAGCAUUCCAAAAAUCACUGGAUGAGGACCUUUCUCAUACAAUAUCAAGUGGCUAUUCUAUGCGUCGAGUUUCUCACUUUAGAGGACAUACAACAUCUGAAUCACCUAAAGGCAAAAUGCAAAAGCAAAUCAAGACUGCAAGGAACCAGAAAGAAGUUGGUUCUCCAUCUGUGAGAAUAGGUUCUUCGAAUAAACAAAAAGAAGGAAGCUCAAAGCAAAAGAGAAAAUAUGAUGCAAGAGAUAAAGCUGCAAGGAAUACAAAAACUAACAAAGAUGAAGGAAGAGAACAAAGGAUAAAUGUUAAGUAUGGGAAAGAAGCUAUAGGAGGCAAUAGCAUACGACAAGGUACACCUGAAAACCAUAAUAUUGCAGAGAAAGAAAUAAUUGGGGUUUCUGGAGUCAACAGUACAAAAAGAGAUUGUUUAAGGCGAUCACCACGCAAUGCCGAUAAGAAGCAUGAAAUGGAAAUGUAUAUAAUAGAAUGGUCCAGGUGCCAAUAUACAGAGUCUUGCAGAUCAGGAAAGUUAAACAUGAUGGAUAAAGUGAACAGUGGAGCUUCUAACGUGAAAGUUAUGGAGCAACUUUGCUCAGAGCAAUCGAGACAAAUGGAUAGGGGACAGAUCAAAGAAAAGCUUCCAGGUAAAGCUUCAAAAGAAAUUUCUGGGGAUGAAGCUGCUGGAACUGUAAUUGUCAAGAAAUAUACCCUAAGAAAACGCAAGCAAAAAGAUGCCCAGCUAGAGGUUAAAAAAAAUUUUAUUAGUGAAAUGUCAAAAGACAAAGGCAAAAAAAAUCAUGAGUCAGGACUCCAAGAUUAUGUAGACAAAGGAGCUAAUAGGGAUCUUGUACCUAAAAGAAUUAGGCAAAAUGAUUUUCAAGAACUGAAUCAUAAAAAUGUUGCAGAACAGACCAUGGAAAUGUUUAGCAAUGAGGUAGCUGGAAACAGAGCCAUGGAGCAGGGUGAAGGAAGGAAAAAUAUCGCAAUGAAGAUGGUGAGGAUUGCUGCUUCGACAUGCAAAAACAUGAAGCCAAGUGACUUAGAAGAACAAAAGCGUGGAAAUGCUACACAGCCGAAGAAGAUAGAGAGCCUUAAAUCUGAUCAUCAGGCCAAGUUUUCUGCACCAGAAUCAGCAGUAGAUAUUAGUGCUAGAAAAACUAAAGUGAUGCGAAGUUUGGGUCUCAUUCCACCAUCCGGAUCGCCAUUCCACAGAAACAGAAUAUUGGAAGUAGCACACUUGAAAACUUAAUUGCAAAUGUUCAUUUUUGUAAAAGCCAGCCUAAAACGUUACUUGGUUUGUGACUCAGGCUCAAUAGCUAAAGCACAUUUUGUUGAAGAGUCUCAUGGUCACAUAUGUAGGAUAAGAAGUUUUUCUGCAGCAUUUUUUUUGCAGGUUCAGAUUUUCAAGAUGUGUGUAUCUGACACCUAUCAAUCUCUAUGGAAGCUGCUUAUAUGAUCAUACUUGUCUCAAGUUGGGAGCC